GUGUGAGGCUUGAGUGAGACAAACGGUCUCUCAUGAGCUGUCUACAAUGGGCUUGUGGGAUGCGGAGCUGUCUGUCUCUUGCGCGCUGCAACUUUUAGAUACUAAUAAAUCACAAUUCCAUUUGACUGUGGACAGGCGACCACAAGUGGAAUGCUGAGACGCUUCCGCAGUUUUGCGGAAAAUUAUGACCGGAUGGAGCGUGAGUCUUCUGAAGGUGUUUCCUUGGCGCAACUUCCUAAGAUCAUAAGUAAAGAGUCUCUGUCACCAACAUGAGUUGGAGCUUUCUCACUCGACUACUGGAGGAAAUCCACAACCACUCCACGUUUGUGGGGAAAGUUUGGCUAACUGUCUUAAUCAUUUUCCGGAUUGUUCUGACUGCAGUGGGAGGUGAAUCAAUCUACUCAGAUGAGCAGACAAAGUUCACCUGCAACACUAAGCAACCUGGCUGUGACAACGUAUGCUAUGAUUCCUUUGCCCCACUCUCACAUGUCCGGUUCUGGGUGUUCCAGAUAAUAAUGAUAUCCACCCCCUCUGUCAUGUAUCUGGGUUAUGCCAUCCAUAAGAUCGCCCGUACCUCGGAGGAGGAAUGGCGUAAAAGCCAGAUUUAUCAAAAGAGGAGCCGCAACACUCAGUGGAGAAAUGGACAUCACCUAGAGGAGGUCUGUGGAAAUGUAGAUGAUGAGGAGGAGGAUACAGAGCCAAUGAUCUAUGAAGAAGACACUUUGGAUGUGCAGGAGGUCAAACCAGAGACGGACAAGGGCAAAGGCCUAGAUCCAAUAAAGCAUGAUGGCCGCCGUAGGAUAAUGCAAGAAGGCUUGAUGAGAAUGUAUGUGCUUCAGCUUUUGUCCCGUGCCAUCUUUGAGGUGGCAUUCCUCACGGGUCAGUAUCUCCUUUAUGGCUUCCGUGUUAACCCUUCUUAUGUCUGCAAUAAGAUCCCAUGUCCACACAGAGUAGACUGCUUUGUUUCACGACCCACUGAGAAGACCAUCUUUUUACUCAUCAUGUAUGUGGUGAGCUGUCUUUGUCUGCUGCUCAAUGUUUGUGAGAUGUUCCACUUGGGGAUUGGUACCUUCCGUGACAGUCUUCGUAAACGUCGAAACCAGGGCCAACAAAAUUCUUACGGCUACCCUUACUCUAGGAACAUUUCUAGUUCUCCACCAGGGUACAACCUUGUGGUUAAAUCUGACAAACCAGGUCGCAUUCCUAACAGUAUCAUCUUACAUGACCAGAACAUGGGCAGAGUUGUUUCAGAACAGCAUUGCACAAGUCCUGAUGAGAAUAUUCCAUCUGACCUGGCUACCUUGCACCACCAUUUACGAGUUGCACAGGAACAACUUGACAUGGCAUUUCAGACAUACAACACAAAAAAUGGUCAUCUUUCCAGAACUAGCAGCCCAGUAUCUGGUGGCACAAUGACUGAGCAGAACCGGGUCAAUACAGCUCAGGAGAAACAGGGUGCACGACCUAAAGCAAGCACUGAGAGGGCAGGGACAAUAGUAAAAAAUGGAAAGACAUCUGUGUGGAUUUAAUGGCAAACUCUUACCUGACUAGUUGAACCAUUAUCCUCAGAAAACAUUUUGUCCCAGUAAAUGGAAACUACAGUCAGAGAGGGCAUGAUUGAGCAUCAUGUCCCCAGGUUGAACAAUAAACAAAAAUGAAAAA